AUGUCAACCUCGCCCUCAUCGACGAACGGGACUCCCGCCGCGCCCGAGGUCCCGCAGGACUGUCAGGAGGGUGUUCUGGGCUUCUUCCACACGCUUGAACGUCUCAAGACGAACAAGCGGACAGGAUGGGUCAACAACGGCAUCGAGAACGCAGAGUCGAUUGCCGACCACAUGUACCGGAUGGCCAUGAUGUGCCUCGCUUUCCCCGAGACGCAGUCGCUCGACAUCUCCAAAUGCGUCAUGCUCUCGAUUGUUCACGACCUCGCCGAGGCAGACGUCGGCGACAUCACUCCCGAACACGCUUCGGGCGUCUCGAAGGCACAGAAGCUCGCCCUGGAAGAGAAAGCGAUGGAGCGCAUGGUUGGCCUGCUUGGACACCCUUCUAUCGCCUCGCUCCGGCUCAAGUCGCUGUGGGAGGAGUACGAGGCGCGCGAGACGCCCGAGAGCAAGUUCGUCAAGGACCUCGACCUGUUCGAGCUUUGCGUUCAGGCGGUCGAGUACGAGAACUCCCAACAUUGCAAGACGUUGCAAGGCUUCUUCGAGACGACUGUGACGCGGAUCCAGCACCCUGUCGUCAAAGGCUGGGCGCGAGAGCUGAUGGCGCAACGACGAACCAAGUGGGCUGAGCGGCGAUGGGAGAACUACCAAGAGAUCAUGCCUCUUCCCGAUGCGAAUGGCGAUGCAGCAGCACCCGCCAAAGCGACGAUCCCCGUCCGCGUCUAUGGCGAACACCCGCAGGAGGACGCCUGA